CCAACCACCAACACACACACACACACAUCCCGAGUAAAACUAUUUAUUACAUACCCUCGACACACCACAGGACCCGGAAGAGACAUUCGAUCCCACCAUGGCCGAUGGAGUGGCUAACGAUCGCGCUGAGAAGGCCGCCCGAGCUAAGGAUCGACUGAAGAAGUUCCAAGCCAAGAAGAAAGCCGGCGAACCAAGUCAAACUGCGACGACUGAGUCUAACGUAACCUCGGAAGUAGCCUCCCCAAGCAUUGAGCCCGUCCCCAAUAACCAGCUUCAUUCAACCCUACCAAACGGAGAACAAAAGAUUGAGACGAUCCCGCCGAUUCCUCAGCCGCUGGACAGUCAGACUGGGCCUUCUAUCUCGGAAGAUACCAAUGGGAACCAUCAAAUCACUCCCGAUUCCCUUCCUUCGACUUCUCAGCUGUCCGAAUCACAACAGCAGACGAUCGCCCUACUCGUCAGUGAGAAGAGUAAUCUAGCCAAUCAAGCCGAAGACUAUCGACAGGAGAUCUCCAAUCUGCGCAAUGCACUCCUCAAUGCCGAACAACAAUCGGCGGAGCAAGGUCUGAAACUGAACCAAGAUCUGGAAGAGAAUCGGGCUGCUUUAACUCGAGCUCAAACCGACUUGGAAGAGUCAACAACUUCCCUCAGCAGGCUGCGGACAGAAUUAGAGCAAGCCAGAACUCAGAUCGAAGAAUUGAGUCAGUCGAACGAGAGCAGCAAGGAUGAAAUCAUUCAGGAGUUUGAAAGUAAACUGAGAAUGAAGCAACAUCACUCGGAUGCCGUCGAGAGCGAACUAUCUCGAGUCAAAAACCAGCUGAAAUCUCAAGAGCUCCGGCAGCAAGAGCAAGAUCAAACGAUCGAGCAACUCCAAAAAGAUCGGACCAUCGCUGAGGAACGCUUGAAGGAGUCUACCGAGAAAUCUCGCGAAAUCACCGCAAGUUUUGAUGCUCUUCAAACCAACCAUCAACAGUUGACAGCUGAAAUGUCUAGCGCCCAAAGUCAACUCAAGACGUCGUCAGAAAAGUUUGAUGCUCUCAAAUCACACGCCGACUCUCUGGAAACUCGACUGUCCGAAUUCCAAACUUCACAUGAAUCACUCUCCUCAAAUGUCACUCAACUCGAAGAAAAACUUGAACAAUCUACUCAACGAAAGUCUGCCCUUCAAGAAGAAAACCAAAAUCUGCUACAGAAUCUCGAGGAACUGAAGACGAAGAUUGUCGAGCUGACUAAUCAGAAGGUUCAAUCUAGUGAACGCUGCGAGGAGAUUCGUACGAUUGUCCGCGAGCGUGAAAAUGAGUUGGUGACCAUGAGGGAAGAGAUAUCUAGUCAACGGCAAUCUCAUGAACAUGAAAAAGAACGGCUGGAAGGAGACAAAAAGCUUUUGGAGGAGCAACUCGCGGAAUCCAGGCGAGAAUCCGAUCAAGUCGGUCUUGCUCUCAAAGAGGAACAAUCUUUGUUGACGCAUCAGCUUUCCUCACUAACCGAACAACUUGAGCAGCAGCAAUCAGAGUCGGCACGUCUAUCUCAACAGCUUCAAGAGUCACAAGUCUUGCUGGAACAGUCUAAGGAGCAGCUUGGCUUGCUUGCCGAUAAGCAAACCCAAACUGAUUCUGAAUUGGCCGAAAAAAUCAAAUUCCUCGAAGCUUCAGCAGUUCUAGAACAAGAUCUCAAAGCUCAACUUGAAUCACUCUCAUCAGCAUUGUCACUCGAGAAGAACCAGAAGAACGAGCUAGAGCAGCGGGUCCAGCAGUCGCAAGCUGAACUUGAUCAGAUGCAACAACACAUCAAAUCAUUGGAAGGAAAGCUCAAAGACGCAGCUCAGCAAGUUGAAGUACAUCAAGAACGCUAUGGUACCCAGGCUACCCAGCUCAAAUCUCUGGUGUCGCAAAACCAAGAGAUAUCCGAUCGGCUUUCUCUCGUGACCACUGAAUCCACUUCACUGAAGGAACAAGUCGUAGAGAGUCAGGCCCGAAUAUCCGAGACUGAGGGAAGGCUGCAGUCAAAGACGUCAGAAUGCGAUCAACUUUCGCAAUCUAUGGGGCACGAGCGGAGUCGGGUGAUUGAGCUUGAAACCCUCCUCAGCGAGUCCAAGUCGAAAGUUGAAAGUUUGAUGGGAAGACUGGAAGAGGCUCGUACCGGUCAUGACGCGUUGAUCAAAGAGCACGCUCAACAGUUAGCAAACGUCGAGAACGAGGGAUCGCGACGGUUGUUGGAGAUCCAAGAGUUACAAAGUCAAUAUGCCGAUUCCCAAAAGAGGCUGAAAGAGAUUGAAGAUUUCCGUGAUGGACUUGCUCAACAAGUUUCGGAUUUGGAGUCUGAACUCUCGCGGAGUGAAUCCUCUGCCGAAACCCUACGAGCAUCGUUGGAAUCUGCGAAGAUCGCCCAAGAGGAGCUGAGGACUGAGUCGGAUGUAGAGCGGAAGAAACUCGAAAACCUGGUCUCGGACUACGAAUCAAAAAACCUGGAGCAAAAAGAUUCGUUGAAGAAGUUGGAAGAAAGUGUCGCGGAGUUGCAUUUGCGUUUAGAAACAGCUGAGCAAAAUCUUGCAUCGAGUCUCAAAGAACGUCAACAGGUUGAAAGGGAACUCGAAGAAAGCCGGAGUGAUCUCAGCGAGCAAAGGCAGAAUUUAGCCUCAACCUUGCACGAUCUGGUGACUGCCAAGAAUUCUUUGGAGGAUUUGGAGAAUCAAUUGUGUGCAGCCAAGGCCGAGAAUGAAGAGGUUGUGAAUUCCAAAGAGGCCGUGGAACUCGAGUUGAAUGAUUAUCGCGAAAAAAUGACGACCACUCUGAGCAAGCUACAAGCCGAACUCUCUUCGCAUAAAAAACAGAUCGAUUCGCAGGAAGAACGGAUCAGUCAGUCGGAGCAGCAAAAUGCAGAAUUGCAGGAGGAAAUCGGUGCGCUCGAGCAAGAGAAGAACGUGUUGAUCAAAGAGAUGGAGGCGGGCAAGGAGGGUGAGAAUCGGAUCUUGGAGAAGUCGAGGUCGGAGGUCCUGGAGUUGAAGCAGAAGAUUCAUCAAUUGAAGGAAGAGGCUGAGAGGACGAAGCAAGACCUGAGUCAGACCAAGGCUGCCUUCGAACAAAACGAUCACGUCAAGGAAGAUGAAAUCCACCGGCUGAACAACGAACUGAAGGCCUUGAAACGCACUGAGACUGAACUGAACAAGAGCAGGGAGGAAAGUUUGGUUGAAAGGGAGGAGGGGAUCAAGAAGAUUUCAGAACUGAAUCAGGCACUCGAAAGUCUUCAAGAAGAGAAGAAGAAGGUAGAAAAGCAGUUUGAAGAGCGCACCCAGAAAUCCGAAGGACGUCUCGAAGAUCUGACCGCACAAGUCUCAGAUCUCUCCGCCCAGCUUACUGAAAAUGGGCAUCAACAGAAGGAAGCCAGCUCGCAAGCACUGGUAGCUCAGGAAGCUGCCCAUCAGGAAUUAGCUAGGACGACCAAGCAGCUCGAAGACCUGCGAGCAGAGUUCGACACUUGCAAGGUUGAGCAUCAGAGUAAUCUUGACCGUUCGACACGGAGGACGGCUGAGCUUGAAGAAGAACUGGAAGCGGCCAAGAUGGCCCAAACGCAAAUCCGAACCGAGGCCGAGAACGAGCAGGCGCUGCUUGUGGAAUCCAAGACGGCAGAAUUGCAGAGGAAGCUGGACAAGGCUGAGGCCGAGCUACGGGGGCUAUCGGAAAGCCAGUCGGCGACGGUUAGCGAGCUCCGGCGGGAAUCGGAGGGCUUGAGGGCGGAGUUAUCGGCCACGCUGGAGGAAAGAAAGACGGCGGUCGAUCAGACUUAUGUGGACUCUAUCAUCCAGCAACACCAGAUCGAUCUCUCGACCGCCCGGAGUCAGAUCCGGGCCUUGGAGAGCCGGGUCUUCGAGGAAGAAUCCCGCUCGCUUGAGAUGUUGACCCGGGUUGAGAACCUUCAGGACGAGCUCAGAGGGGCCGAGGAAGCGCUCAGACAGAGGAAAAACACUCCCCUCAUGACCGACUCUCCAAACCCGGCGAUCCCAUCAUCAUCUUCAUCAACAUCUUCAUCUGCCGUCCCGCAAACCAUGGUCGGUUCUUCAUCAAAGACUCGCCCGCAGUCGACAAGCAAGAAGACCAACUUCUCGAAGAUGAUCGACGAGAGUAACUUGUCUGAACAGACCAAACAGACCCGAACUGAGAGCCUGAAUCUGCUCAAGACUCGGAUGGAGAACGAGCUGGGUCUCUUGAACCUUUCCUCGAACGCCCUCUCCCAUCAUCCUCCCGAUCCUUCCGAUGCCCACUCACUCAAAACCUCGCAUAAAAUUAUCCCCCGCUCUAAACUCGGCGAUGAUAUGGUCUGGUGCGGCCAUUGCGUCGGCGAUCUGUUCAUGAUUUGAGAUCUUCUCUAUUUCCCACUUCAUUCCCAUUGUCUGGACUCCUUGUCUCUUAAACCGUAAACCGUAAUUGUUUUCUUGUUGUAACUUUUCUAUAACUUUCGGUUCCCAAUGACAAAAACAAGUGAUCGAGUUGGUCGAUCGGUCGAUCUUCAUCAUUUCAUUUCAUUUCAUUUCAAUUCCUUCUCUCUCUCUCUAUCUAUUUCUUUCUAUUAAUCAUUUUCCUUCACCAUCUCUCUCUCUAUCUCGUUUUGAAUUCUUUUGUUUCUCAUUUACAUCUUGGCUGUUAUAUCCAUGUGAUUGUGCUUCUCCCCUUUUUUUACGUUUGUUGAUCUUUAAUGAUAAGAUUAAGACUGAUACCGGAGGUACUUGCAUG